AUGUUGAAAAAUUACUCUAGUGCCAUUAAAUUUUAUCUCCUUGGCUUCCAUGGCUCCAAAGGACUACACAUCAUUUUUUUUGCUGCCUUCUUCUUCCUCUAUUCAGUGACGUUAAUGGGAAACAUAGUUAUCAUCAUGAUGGUCUGUGGUAAUAAGCGGCUGCAGUCCCCCAUGUAUUUCUUCCUUGGCCACCUCUCUGUCCUUGAGAUCCUGAUCACCUCUGUUGCCGUCCCCUUGAUGCUCUGGGGAUUACUGCUUCCAGGGAUGCAGGCAAUAUCCCUGAUGGCAUGUGGUGCACAACUGUAUUUGUACCUUUCUUUGGGUACAUCGGAGUUGGUAUUAAUGGGAGCGAUGGCUGUGGACCGUUACGUGGCUGUCUGUCACCCCCUGAGAUACAACAUCAUCAUGAACAGCCGCACGUGCUGCUUUCUGGUAAUUGCCUCAUGGCUGUUUGGGUUCCUUUUUCAAAUCUGGCCCAUCUAUGCCACAAUUCAGCUUACCUUCUGCAAAUCAAAUGUGAUAGACCAUUUUUACUGUGACCGAGGACAACUGUUCAAACUAUCCUGUGAUGACAGCCAUUUCACACAGUUUAUUCUAUUUUUAAUGGCUGUUUUUGUUAUCAUUGGUGCUUUGAUCCCCACGAUCAUCUCCUACACCUAUAUCAUCUCCACCAUCGUCAAGAUCCCCUCAGUCUCUGGCAGGAGGAAGGCCUUCUCCACGUGUGCCUCCCACUUCACCUUUGUUGUGAUCGGCUGUGGCAGCUGCCUGUUCCUCUACGUGAAACCCAAGCAAACGCAGGCAGCCGAGUACAACAGGGUGGCGUCCCUGUUGGUUUUAGUGGUGACCCCUUUCCUGAACCCUUUUAUCUUCACCCUCCGGAAUGACAAAUUCAUAGAGGCCUUUCGAGAUGUCAUGAAACGCUGCUCUCAACUCCUCAAGGACUAG